UGCGGAUUUGUAUUCCGAGAUACCCUUGUUGAGCAGCGCAGCCGCCGCAUACCAAAAACGCAAAGAAAAGUGUUCCGCACUGGUGGCUACGAGAUGUUGGAAGAAGAUCUGCAAAGCUAUCCGACAUGAAAGAAGAUCCAUUUUGAAGAAAAUUCAUUUUGCUAGCUGCCGUAAAGAAGUACAUACAUGUUCCACGCCAACACAUAGAAGAAGUUUCAAUCGAAUACGUUUCUCUUCACCUGCAGUUAUUUGAAAAAAACAACGUAAAGACUUUCCCACUAGUCCUGUAGUCGCAGAGGCCGCUUGUAUGACGAUGUGACUCUUCAGCAAACUUUUAGUUUUUUGCUAGGUAAAAAGUGGCAGUCGUAGCUUGAUCAUUUUUGUCAACAUUUUUCUUCGAAGCUUACAGGAGCAAGUCAAGAAAACUAAACUACAAGAUGAUCCACUUUGCCCUGCUGAUCAGUCGGCAGGGCAAAACCCGGAUGAAGAAGUUUUUUUCGCCGGUCUCGGAAAAAGAGCAGCUGAGCAUGAUAAAGGACAUCAGGAAUCUCGUCCUCUCAAGGCCACCGAAACUCUGCAACUUCCUCGAAUGGAGAGAAUACAAGAUUUGCUACAAAAGGUAUAAAAUCUAUCGACGACUUCUACUUCACAGAUGAGCAGUAGAACUACAACACGCACCACAAAAAUCACGUUACAGCGUUGAUGAUGUUGUAGUGCAUGAUAGUAAGUAGAUGCUUUUAUCCAUCAGGUACGCAAGUCUGUACUUCAUUUUCGCUGUGGAUCCGGAAGAUAAUGAGCUCCUGGUGCUGGAGGUCAUACACCAUUUCGUCGAGUGCCUGGACCGAUAUUUCGGCAACGUCUGCGAAUUGGAUCUGAUAUUCAACUUUCACAAGGUAUAAAUAUGCGAUGUGUUUCCUAUGUUUCUUUUUCGCCCGCCAAAAAGGGGCACGGUUAACAAUUUCUCGCUUUUUUUCAGCCGCCGAAAUGAAAUGGGAACUUGAUGCACGGGAAUGCUGGUACGAUGAAACGACUCUAAAAUUAGCACGCAAAAAAAUCAGGCCUACUACAUAUUCGACGAACUGUUCAUAAACGGGGAGCUGCAAGAGACGAGUAAGAAGCAAGUUUUAAGGCUAAUUGCCGAGCAAGACGCCAUGAUGGAAGACAAAAAGGAUCAAAAGAAGCAAACCUCAGUAUUUGGGAUUCGAUAGCACAUGAAGACCCCACGGCGUGUGUUGCCAUACUGAGCAUGAUGAUUGAUGCUCCUCCCCCCACCCAUGUCAGCGACAAGGAAGCCCCAGAAACAACAUUCAUCACACAGCGACAACCUAGAACAUGUUUGGGAAUAGUUCUCAUCUAGUCUACUACGCGACAAGGACAAAG